UAAUUUUUUUUCUAUAGAUAAGAUAAUGAUUUGGCAUUCCUUUGUUACUUGAUAUGAAUUAGUUAUCGAUUUGGGAUUGAAUGUUUGUAUGUGUGUGUGACUAACAUUGUGUUUGAUGAUCGGCCAGCGUCCCCGUCCAGAGUUCGAUGCCCGGCCGUGCCUCCUAGGACAUUCACAGGAUGUCGCUAAUGCCUCGGCGUUAGUUUCUCAUUGUACGAUUUUCUACUUCUCUUUAUUCAACUAAACAUAAUCACGAUUUAUUUAAAUCGACGCAUAUUUUAUUCAAAUCAGUGGCCUCGCUCAUUACGUUUGUAAUGUGAAUGAUAUUAUAAUGUGAUUAGUUUACCGUUAUGAUACUUUAAGUUGUAAAACAAAUUAGGUUUCGCUAAUUAUUAUAGUUUUGCGGUUUAUAUUCUAUAAUAUCGAUACCGCUUGAUUUAGUUCCUAACCCCGUUAUGUUUGAGAGGCGUUGCGUUGCGCUGCCGGCUGCUGAAAGUUGCGCAUCUCUAGCGAGGCGGGUUAGCGCGUCAGUUCAACGUUCAUACGCUGCGCAGGCGCACACCCCAUGGAGUAGUAUGACCGCGCGGUUGUGUCACGAUAGCUAACUGACUUUACGUUUAACUGGCACACAAUUGUUCUUAAACAAAUAAACGACAGUGUAGUGUUUGAUCUAUAUAAAACAGUUUGUGUACACUGUAUUAAACUUCUAUUGGGAGUGCAAAAUGAUGUGAUGUGUGCCAAAACAGUGAUGGACUAGUAUCAAAUAUGCAUACAAUGGACACUCUAGGUUACGGCCACAAGAAGUACAGGCCGCCACUGUCACCCGCUAAUUUCUACCAACACGACUUUUACUCCAGACACGCCACACUUAGACCGCAGAGCGAAUAUAGGUUCGCUGGUGACUAUGGCACCGGGUAUAGACGGGCUGAAAGCAGUCGGGGCGGUGGUAUGUGUUCUGCUGCUUUGGUCGGAGGAGCGCUAUUGGCUGCAGUCGCGGUUCUGGCAGUCGCCGCAUUAGCUUUCUACAUGGGUGCCUUAAGGCCUGAUAAUGGAGAACCAAUAAUGACAUUUGAGGGAACAUUUCGCGUUACUCGCGGGGACGUUUACGGUGGUGUCCCUGGAAGUCCGUCCUGGCGAGAGCGUGCUCGCAGAUACAGCGCGUCCCUUAAACAGGUGUACGCAGCUCCAUCGCCCUUAAGACAGGCCUUCGCCGGAGCAAUAGUAACAGGGUUCGGUGACAGACGCCUUGACGUUCACUUCAAACUAUACUUAGAUAGAAGAAAAAUACCAAGUUCUCUUACAAAUAUAGAGGAAUCUUUGAAAAAAAUUUUAAUACAAGAUUUGAUAUCCAAACAUAGUGCAUUUGGACAAAUAAAAAUAGAUGCAUCUAGUAUAAUUAUCAAAAGGGACUUAGAACACACAUACCACUCGGAACAGUAUGUCAAGGAAGCCAUGAAUGAAACUGUAACUACACCUAAUCCUAAGGUGUUAUCACCUCAAAACGCGAAAGACAAAACUCUCCAAAGCCGAAUUGGUGUUGUUCGAAAAACGACAGUUAAACCUAAACAAACUUUGAGAAAAGAUGAUCCAGAUGAACCCGAUAUAGAUACAGAGAACAUUCCAGUAGUACAAGGCUCUUUCCAAAUAACAAAGACAGAGGCGGAUAUAACGGAGAAUAAACAUAAUCCAAGCAAAACUAAUCCCAGUAGAGUCGAUGAAAAAAACAACCAUAAAACACCAUCUACAUCAAAAACAGCGACAUCUACAAACACGAAAUCGCCUAACACUUAUACAACAACAACCACCAGCACAAGAAAGUUCCCACCAAGUACACUGAAACCAAAACCAAUCACAAUAAAGUCUUCUUUGAAUAUGAAGCCAAAAGUGGAUAUAAAUAACAGUUUCAAAGAAGUAAGUACUGCCAAGCCUUCAUCAACGACGAGUACAAUGAAAACAACAACUACGUCUAAAAGAACAACAACUACUUCUAUGGCAACAACUACUCAAAAUGUGUCUCAAAUCUUAUAUGAUCUUCUUACAAAUGAAAAUCACGAUAAAGAUUUGCCAAAAAUUGAUACAUUAUUCACAGUACCCCAUGUCAUUGAUAAUGAACCGUGGAGGCCUAUUACAAGACCUUAUUAUGAAACAACAAGUAAACAAUCUACUUUACCUAUAAUUGAACAAAAUGCAGAAGAUCGAAUAGGUGUUGCAGAAGUGGUUGAAGAUAUUUCUCUUUUAGAAUCUAUGUUAACUCCCAGUCCACCGGUGAAACACAAAGAUAUAACAACACGUAGACCAUCAGGGCUGUACAACGUAGAUCCCCAUCUAGCGGCGGAUGUAUACAUCCCCAAUCCAGUUUAUACUAGUUUUACUAUUCCAGCAUUCAUUCCACCGCUCAAAGAUAUGGAAACAUUGGGAUCAAGCUAUCCAAAACCACAUCCUUUACCAGUUGACAAAAUAAGUGGUGCAAUAGAAGUGGUACCUGAAUCAAAUUUAAACAUGGAUGACAAUGACGGUAGACCUAUAAUAAGGCCUCCCAAAGAAAAAACUUCUUCCGUUAGUAUAAAUGUAUUUCAAUUAGAUAGUAAUACAGAAAAAGUUUCAAUUGAGGGUGCAUCAAUUGUAAAGAAACAAAAUAUUACUUCCACAAGCACAACAAUGAAAACAACUACAAUUGUUGAUCAAAAUACAAGAAUUUCUACAACAGAUAUUCCUUUGAGUACACCUUCUAGCACUACUACAAUAGGACAUAAAAAGGAAAGCACUACGAAGAGACCAAAUAAUAAAGUAUCAAUAAUACCAUCGACCGGAACUCCUCACCAUACAUGGGAAUUAGUCAACACCUCAACAAAUAAUAACGAUACUUCUAAUAAAGUAUCUCCCCAAAAGUAUUACAAUGAUACAUUGCAAGCUAUAAUUGUUAAAAACGAUGCUUCUCUCAAUACGACAACGAGAUUCCCGAGCAAAUUUUCUAUUUUAAGAAAUUUAACUGACCUAAUUAAACGAUAUUCUCAAAAUAGUACGUUAAAGCCGUCUGAAAUCAAAAUUGAAACUACUACCGUUCAUUCCACAACACCAACUUCAGUAAAAUUGGAGGACAUUGGAGAAAUUGUUCGACACACACCAGUAGAAAUGACUGGAUCAGUGGAAGUUAUUUCCGAGGAAGACCUAGAGACAACAACAGCUAGAAUCAUAACAUUGAUGCCCGCAAAAUCCAAUCUAGGAGUGAAUCGACCUCUGCGACCCCGUCCAAAAAUUGAUCCUCAAGUAACAGAGGAUAGUGAACGUAGUUUUAAUGAUCCAUCAGAUGUGAAUAUUUCUACAGACGAUCUUGAAUUGAAUUCUUAUAAUUACACAGAAUUAUUAUCUGAAGCGUCUGAAAUGAUAUCGAGCUCAGCAAGUAUGUACAAUGAUACAAAUAUUGAUGUAGUUGAAACUAAUGAAGAUCCCAAAGCUCUUCGAUCAUCGGGUAUACCGGCCAAUCCUGUGAGUGGAAAUAGACUGCCUAAGUCAAACGAUUUAAAAAAUCCAAAUGUUGAAAACUUUAAAGAGAGUAAUAUUCCUGAAGGGACAUACAAGGUAUCUUAUCAUGUAACAGGCAGCGUUAGCAGUAAACAGGCUAAUAAAACUAAACACCUUCCUGCCUAUGAGCUAGCUCUAGAACCGGAUGUAGUGCUAGAAAUACCAUCAAAUCAAAGUAGUACAUUAACCCUAGAUAAAUUAAAGCAACUAGCUAGCCUCGCUACAAUAACAAAUUUUAACAACAGCACAUUUUUCCGUGCUCCUGGUGGUGUAAUUUCGACCAAAGCGAUCCCGUCAAGUUAUACAUUAAAUCAAGCUGGAUUUAAAAUACUCACAAAAACAUUUAACAAAGCAACGCCCGCGAAACAAGAAGAAAACAGCUUUAAUCAACCAGAAAAACCUAUUAGUAAACCAAUUCUUACAAAAAAACAAAAUAAACCAGAAUUUGAAAAAGAAAUAAAAGUUGAAGAAUUCUGUGAUAACUCCACGUCGUUUUCAUGCUCCAGCGGAGCUUGCAUUCCCCUGACGUCUCGGUGUAAUAGAUUGAUAGAUUGUCCCUCCGGGGAGGACGAGAAGGCAUGCUCGUGUGCAGAUUACUUACGAGCUGAUUUUUCACAAUCUAAGAUUUGUGACGGUUUCGUUGAUUGUUGGGAUUACUCGGAUGAAAAUAAAUGUGACUGGUGUAAAGAAGGCCAAUUUGUAUGUGCGAACGCUCGUCAAUGUAUAGAAAUGAAUAAAGUUUGCGAUGGAAAUCCUGACUGUCCUCUCGGCGACGACGAGAAAAGCUGUGUAGCUUUAGGUGACGACAUUGAUAGCAACGAAGUCAUUCCGUAUAACGAGGAAGGUUUUGUUAUGGUUCGUAAGCGCGGUGUUUGGGGCAGACUCUGCGUGGAGAGUUUCAAUGAUGUGGUCACUCAAGCACAUAGUUCACUUAAGUUACCAGACCUUGGUAGGGCCGUCUGUCGUGCAAUGACCUUUCAGGAUUCGCCGUGGGUUCGCGAGGCUCGUGAGGGUAGAAAAGUAAGCACGAUAGGUUACUGGGAAGUUUGGCACAAUGUACACGCUCGAGCCGCGGACACGCGGUUGACUUUCAAACGAUCUAGUUGUACGAGACAUCGCGCUCUGCGUGUCAGAUGCGAGGACUUGGACUGCGGAAUACGACCUCACGCUGAUGCACAGCAACCCAGGGGUGUAACUUACGAGCGAGUGCGGUGGGGCAGGGUGGUAGGUGGUGGAGGAGCGGCGGCAGGCGCCUGGCCCUGGCAGGCAGCUCUAUACCGCGAUGGAGACUUCCAGUGUGGCGCUACCCUUAUCUCAACGCAGUGGCUUCUAUCAGCAAGUCAUUGUUUCUAUCAAGCUACUGAAGCCCAUUGGGUUGCACGACUCGGAGCGUUGCGGAGAGGAGCCUGGCCUCGUGGUCCUUGGGAGCGAGUGACACGCGUUCGUCAAGUAGUGUUACAUCCGAAGUAUGCACCACGUGGAUUUAAAAAUGACAUAGCGUUAUUGCGAGUUGACCCUCUGCCUCUGCACGCUCGUCUGCGGCCGGCCUGUCUGCCACCGUCGCGUUCACAACCGCCAGCCGGACACCAUUGUACCGUGGUUGGUUGGGGACAAUUGUAUGAACAUGAACGGGUAUUCCCGGACACGCUCCAGGAGGUGGAGUUGCCGGUGAUAUCCACAGCAGAGUGUCGUCGCCGCACUCGUCUGUUGCCUCUCUACAGGAUCACUGAAGAUAUGUUCUGUGCCGGCUAUGAACGCGGCGGACGCGACGCUUGUCUUGGAGACUCGGGAGGGCCGCUUAUGUGCCAAGAGGACGAUAGAUGGUAUAUUUACGGUGUAACCAGCAAUGGCUAUGGAUGUGCCAGGGCGAACCGACCUGGCGUUUACACGAAGGUCUCCAACUACAUCGAGUGGAUUGACAGCGUCAUGACGACUCACACGACGACAACGAACAAAACUAUAUCGAACAGCGAAGAAAACUCCAAAGAAGAUUUCUACGCGGAUUUAGAAACGGCAGAGAACAAGAGAGUUCUUCAUAGGACCUACGAUACUUGUAGAGGUUUCCGAUGCCCUCUUGGGGAAUGCCUACCACAGUCUAGCGUCUGCAAUGGCUUCCUAGAAUGUUCGGACGGCAGUGACGAAUGGCAAUGCGAUAAUUUUAUGACGAAUUCAAGCUGGUACAGUCCCGUCUAAUAGUUACGGAUAGUUAGUAUAAGCCAGUAUAGUAGUGUACGAGACUUGACUGAUAUCUUAUAAGUAGAUUUAAGUUCACAAAAAAUAUGAAUCUCAAAUGAGUGAAGCUAUUAUGUAGCUAUAUUAUUCCCAAUAAAAAACUCAAGAAACAUAUCCAGGGCUCUGUAUAUAUAGCUUUAAUAAUAAAGUCGCCCGAUAUAUUUAAUAUCUGAUGAUGAACUAUUUAUUUCAAGUCAUGGGCUACCUUUUUCGUUUGAACCGUUCUCACUGUAUUUAUUCAAAUGGACAAUGUAGACCAUAAAUAAAAUACACACUGUAAACGUGUUUCAAUUUAAAGUCAUUGUACUUAAUAAUACCUUUAUUUAAUAAUAAGACAAAUAAAUUAAAACAUCGUCAAAUAAGAAUGACGUAAAUUACAUUUCUUAUUAGCGAAGUCACAAUUAUAUCAAACACAUACAAUAUCAAUUAAAGAUAAUAAUAAUUGCUUCUAUUAUAAUACCUCAAUUAAUACCAAAAAAAAAAAAAUUACAAUUACAAUAUUUAUAUAAAAAAAAAAAUGUCUGUCCUAAAAAAAAUAAAAUAAUUUCUGAGAAUAAUCACAUAAUAUUAAAUGUUAUUUUAAAUAGUUACUUAGAUAGUAAAUUAAAGAGAAAACUCUUACACGGUCGACAAUAAUCGGGGUUUUAGAAUCACUAUAGCAAGUAACUGACAGCCGAAUCGGAAAUGCAAGACAUUAUACUAAUAAUUUCAAGACGUCACACCCCUUACGUCUACAGCGACCGCGUACCAAAGGUACGUACUG